UCCGGCAGCGGCGGCUGCAGCCUCGCUCUGGUCCCUGCGGCUGGCGGCCGAGCCGUGUGUCUCCUCCUCCGCCGCCGCCAUAUUGUCUGUGUGAGGAGAGGGGAGCGCGGCCGCCGCCGCUGCCGCUUCCACCACAGCGGGGGCCACAUGGAAAGCAUGAGAAGGAAUACGGGCAGCCUCUAGUAACAAAGACCAGCCCCAGCUGACAACCAGCAAGGAAAUGGAGACCUCAGUCCUACAACCACAAGAAACUGAAUUUGACCAACAACCUGAAUGAACUUGGAAGUGGAUUCUUCCCCAGUUUCCAGCAAGAAUAUACUUUGAUUUUGGCCUUGUGAGACCCUAAGCAGAAGACCUAGCCACGCCUACCUAACUUGUGACCUACAGAAACUUUUAAAGAAAACAGGUCUGAAACAAAGUCUUACCCUCAACUGCUUCUGAACACAGUGACCACCAGAUCUCCAAACAUCAAGUCCACCUUCGUUCGCCAACCUGUCUGACAUGUCGGGACCCGUGCCAAGCAGGGCCAGAGUUUACACAGAUGUUAAUACGCACAGACCCCGAGAGUACUGGGAUUAUGAGUCACACGUGGUGGAGUGGGGUAAUCAAGAUGACUACCAGCUGGUUCGAAAAUUAGGCCGGGGUAAAUACAGUGAAGUAUUUGAAGCCAUCAACAUCACAAAUAAUGAAAAAGUUGUUGUUAAAAUUCUCAAGCCAGUAAAGAAGAAGAAAAUCAAGCGUGAAAUAAAGAUUUUGGAGAAUUUACGAGGCGGUCCCAAUAUCAUCACACUGGCAGACAUUGUAAAAGACCCUGUGUCACGAACCCCUGCCUUGGUUUUUGAACACGUAAACAACACAGACUUCAAGCAAUUGUACCAGACGUUAACAGACUAUGAUAUUCGAUUUUACAUGUAUGAGAUUCUGAAGGCCCUGGAUUAUUGUCACAGCAUGGGAAUUAUGCAUAGAGAUGUGAAGCCCCAUAAUGUCAUGAUUGAUCAUGAGCACAGAAAGCUACGACUAAUAGACUGGGGUUUGGCUGAGUUUUACCAUCCUGGCCAAGAAUAUAAUGUCAGAGUUGCUUCCCGAUACUUCAAAGGUCCUGAGCUACUUGUAGACUAUCAGAUGUACGAUUAUAGUUUGGAUAUGUGGAGCUUGGGUUGUAUGCUGGCAAGUAUGAUCUUCCGGAAGGAGCCAUUUUUCCAUGGACAUGACAAUUAUGAUCAGUUGGUGAGGAUAGCCAAGGUUCUGGGGACAGAAGAUUUAUAUGACUAUAUUGACAAAUACAACAUUGAAUUAGAUCCACGUUUCAAUGAUAUCUUGGGCAGACACUCCCGUAAGCGAUGGGAACGCUUCGUCCACAGUGAAAACCAACACCUUGUCAGCCCUGAGGCCUUGGAUUUCUUAGACAAGCUUUUGCGAUAUGACCACCAGUCACGGCUUACGGCAAGAGAGGCCAUGGAGCACCCCUAUUUCUAUACUGUUGUGAAGGACCAGGCUCGAAUGGGCUCAUCUAGCAUGCCAGGGGGCAGUACGCCUGUCAGCAGCGCCAAUAUGAUGUCAGGGAUUUCUUCAGUGCCAACCCCUUCACCCCUUGGACCUCUGGCAGGCUCACCAGUGAUUGCUGCUGCCAACCCCCUUGGGAUGCCCGUUCCAGCUGCCGCUGGCGCUCAACAGUAAUGGCCCCUUCUGUCUCCUGAUGCCUAAGCAGAGGUGGGGGAGUCCACGCUCUCCUUGAUGCAGCUUGCGCCUGGCGGGGAGGGGUGAAAUACUUCAGAAGCACCGUGUCUGAACCGUUGCUUGUGGAUUUAUAGUAGUUCAGUCAUAAAAAAAAAAUUAUAAUAGGCUGAUUUUCUUUUUUUUUUCUUUUUUUUUUUUCCUUUUUUUUUUUAAACUCGAACUUUUCAUAACUCAGGGGAUUCCCUGAAAAAUUACCUGCAGGUGGAAUAUUUCACGGACAAAACUUUUCCCCCCCUUUCAAAUUCAGUUUCUCAUCACUAAAGAACAAAGAUGAACCGAUGAACCAGCCUCAAUCCCGGCUGCUGCAUUUGGGUGGAGAUAUCUUCCCAUGUGCACCAUUGCUCCCCCACCAUCCCACACUUUGGGGGGUUUAUAUCUCAUGCUCUUCUCCAGAGAUUACAAAAAUGUAGCUUCUUCAAGGGAAGUGGGAAGGAAGGAGGAAGGGAAGACCCAACCUAUAAGAGCAGUGUACUGCUGAUCACUUUUCUCACUUUACUUCAAGUGCUUCAGUGGGGUUGUCCUGGUAAAUCUAGUGGAAAUAUGUCUUAGUUUCAUUGAGAUGCUGAAAAUCUACCCAAAGUGCAGAGAGCUCCUGAAAACUUCUGUUCAGUAUGAAUCAUGUCUUACUGACCUAACCCUAAAUCCAACUCACUUCUACUUUUAGUUUCAGUUCAGUUUAAAAUUCUAAUACUUUCCUUCCCAGGCUCCUUAUCUCUGUCCCCUCCCCUUUCAUCUCCCCACAUGCGCUAUAGCUGGUGGGAGGGGGAGGAAAAACCUUUUCCAGUUUUCUUUGACUUGGCCAUUUUGAAUUCAGUUAGUUACUGGGCUUAACUUAUUGCUUUUUACAAAAGAAAAACAUUGUCUAUAUAGGUUUCAUGCUAGCAACUCUUUAAGAGCUAAUGGAAGAUGUGGCCACACCGAGUUUCAUCUUAAGCUUUCUACCUUCUUUUAUUCCUUUCUUCCCCUUCCUUCACAUGCCAUCCAGUGAGAAGACCUGCCCCUCAGUCUUGUAAAUGUAUCUGAGAGGUAGGAGCAGAGCCACUAUCUCCAGUGGAACUGAAAUGGUAGAUCUGUAAUUGUGGGAAAACUAUAAACUCUUGUUACAGCCCUGCCACCCCUUGCUGUGUGUAUAUAUAUAAUACUUUGUCCUUCAUAUGUGAAAGAUCCAGUGUUGGAAUUCUUUGGUGUAAAUAAACGUUUGGUUUUAUUUAUCAAGGUUAGAUUUAAGUUCCCUGUGUAAAGGUCUCGCUGGGUGGGUGUCUCACGUUCACAUCUGAGGGGCCUGCAGCCCUGUACCGUGGAGGCUUCCCAAGGCCCCCAUUUUUAUACACCCCUCAUUCAACCCAUGGUACCGGGCAGGGCAGAGAGGCCUUAAAAAAGCACCACAAGCCAAAGCGUCUCUGGGGAUUAAGGAUCCUUUGCCAUAAAACUCAUUUUGUGUCUCAGCAGUGCAGGGAUUGGGGAUGGAAAAGUUGCCAGUUUUUGUGUGUUUGUGUGUGUGUAAAGUGGAUUUUCCACUGUAAUCCAACCACCUAAGUUUAUCAGGUGCUUCACUGAGGAAGCCUAGUUUUUUAAGCACAAUAGCAAAACCAUCAGCUCUGUAUUUUCUCCUGUUCUUUCAUUACAGUAGCUGCUUGUGGGAACUAGGAAAAAUUCUUCCAACAUAUUUGAAGGCCUAAAGUCUUAGUUCCCCUUUCUCCUACCUUUAUAGAUCAUAAGCCUUUCUCGCCUGGGCGCCAUAGACAAGCAUAAUUGUUUCACGAGUUGAAUUUAAUGAACUUAUCUAACUUUAUAACCCAUCUUGGCUCUAGUAAUUUGAUCAAGGUGGUAGCUUUCGUGAAUAUAAUGGUAAACUUUACAGGAAGCUAAAGCCUCCUUUUAUAAUGCUUCUCAACCAUAGGGAAAACAUUCUGACUGUGUGGCAGGGUGAUUUUCUUUCUUGUGGCCACUUACAGUGGGUAUUUAUUGUUCUUGACCCUUUUAUGCCCUAGAAUGCUGUGAGGGUUACCAUGUUGAAUUUGUGCAGAAGCUAAAAGCACCGGAUGUGCCAGAGAUGCAAUUUGUGAUUACGUUUGCACUGGAUUGUGAUUUGAACAGGACACUUAUGACUAAUGAACUCUUUCUUUUGAGGUGGGGAGGAGGGUUGUAAAUGAGACUUCACGUCCCACCCUUAUAGCUCAGAGAAUCUAGUUGUGGCUGAGGCUGAUGUGGGGAGCUGCAGACAGCUGGACCUCCUAAACACGCAUCAGACCUUGCAAGAGAUGGAAGGUGAAUGCAGAGGACUCUGAAAUGCCACCCAAGAGCCUUUUAAAAUAAAUAGAAGUUUUUAAAAUGCUACUUAAGGAGUCACUGCAGAAGCAUGAAAAAAAAAAAAAAAGAAGAAGACCCAGUCGGGUGGGUGGGUGGGGGGCAAGGGUUUACAGAGUAACAACUUCUGUGUUGUUGUAAAUUACCUCAUCUGUAUACCUUGUAUUGGGACACUUUAUUUCUCAGCACUACCUGUGUCUGCAUUGAUGAGAUGGCAGGAAAUGGAAUGCCAAUGUAAGACAGUUGUGUUGGCAAUUACUCUGAAAGGUUUUUUUUAAGUAUUUCUAAACUUUGUUUGAAGUGGCCCCUCCCCCCUUUUUAAGUUUGAAGUCAGAAGUUUCCCCUCGCCCCCUUGAUUUAUUGGAUGUAAUUGUAUUGUAAUUGGUAUAACUAAAACAUAACUGUGCUGGGAAGAAGUUGUGCCAUGAAGGUCUUUAAUUUUUUUUUAAAUAAAAACAUUUAAACAAA